GUUUCCGGACAUUGCAAUCGUAUCUGUUCUACUAAAUUCUCGCUGAUCUGACUGAAUCGCCAUGAACGCCUCACUUUGGAAGAGCUCUGCAAUUCUUCCUUCACAAUCCCUGCUGUCAAUUUAGUUUUUCUGCUUGUUUUUUGAUUUCAUCCGAGCACAAAACAUGGGUUCUGCGAUUGACCUUUUUUUGUACCCUGAUCAUUCUACCGCCACCAUCACCACCGUGAGCGGCAGCGCGGGCGGGGGCAUCGGCGGACCCUCUACUGCUACAACCUUGAAAACACCCAAAGUUGAGCCUAAACUCGAACCCCUUGACGAACCAUUAGGUGUCUCACCUGAACCCGAUAAUUCCCGAAACCCUAACCCUCAUUUUAGUCCGAGUGCACCACUAACUGACUCGAAUUUUACAGUCGCACCACCCGGAUUCGUCGAAAACAAUGUUCAUUCAGGAUUCAAUGCCGAAUUGGCGAGUAACAUUGAGGAAAACGACGAGUUACAGGUUAUAUAUCCUGAUGCACUAGCAAUUGUGCCGGUUCCCGAAGAAGACCAGCUUUCAACCGUCGAAUGUUCGUCUCGCCGGAAGUCUCAACAGCGAUCAGCUGAAUUAGUUAGGGUAAUGAACCUUCAAAUCGAGGACGAGAGAUAUUUUCGAGACCUGGUGAGGAAAACAAGGAUGCUGUAUGAUUCUCUGUGGGUUUAUACUAUGGUGGAAGACGAGAAGCGCCGAUCUUAUACAAAUGGGCGUAUGCCCCGCACCCGGGGUGAUUUGAAGGCUGCCACGAUGAUGAAAGACAGCGGUCUUUGGUUGAAUCGCGAGAAACGCAUUGUUGGGGCAAUUCCAGGGAUUCAUGUUGGCGAUGUUUUCUUUUUCAGAAUGGAGUUAUGUGUUCUGGGCAUCCAUGGUCAAGCUCAGGCAGGAAUUGAUUUCUUAAGCUCGAGUCAUAGCUCCAAUGGGGAGCCCAUUGCUACUAGUGUGAUUGUCUCGGGUGGGUAUGAAGAUGACGAAGAUGGUGGUGAUGUGAUCGUAUAUACAGGUCAUGGUGGGCAAGAUAAGCAUGGAAAGCAGGUUGUUCAUCAGAAAUUGGAUGGUGGGAAUCUUGGUAUGGAGAGAAGUAAGCAUCACGGGAUUGAGGUACGGGUUGUUCGUGGGUUUAAGUAUAAAGGUAGUGCUAGUGAGAAAGUUUAUGUUUAUGAUGGGCUAUAUAAAAUUGUUGAUGCUUGGUUUGAAGUAGGUAAGUCAGGUUUUGGAGUGUAUAAGUUCAAACUUGUUAGAAUGGAAGGUCAACCUGAAUUGGGGAGUGCAAUCCUUAAGUUUGCUGAGAAUAUUAGGACUAGUCCAUUGGAGGCUAGGCCUUCGGGAUAUGUUAGUUUGGAUAUUUCAUCGAACAAGGAAAAUGUGCCAGUGUUCCUAUUUAAUGACAUUGAUAGUAAUUAUGAGCCACUGAGCUAUGAAUAUCUGGUGAAAACUAUUUUCCCUCCUUUCGUGUAUCAUCUUGGAGGGAUUGAUGGUGGGUGUGAUUGUGUCUCUGGAUGUUCAUCUGAUUGUGUAUGUGCCAAGAAGAAUGGAGGUGAAUUUGCUUAUGAUAUGAAUGGGCUUCUUCUGAGAGGAAAACCAUUAAUUUUUGAAUGUGGACCACACUGUUCUUGCCCUCCCCGGUGUUGCAAUCGCAUCAGCCAAAAGGGUUUGAGGAAUAGAUUUGAAGUGUUCAGAUCAAUGGAAACUGGUUGGGGAGUUAGGUCAUUGGACUUGAUACAAGCUGGUUCUUUUAUUUGUGAAUAUACUGGAGUUGUCCUCACAAGAGAGCAAGCUCAAGUUUUCACCAUGAAUGGUGAUAGUUUAGUCUAUCCAAAUCGGUUUGGUGAGAGAUGGGCAGAAUGGGGGGAUUUGUCCCAAGUAUUUCCGCAUUAUGUACGCCCGUCGUAUCCGUCUGUACCGCCAUUGAAUUUUGCAAUGGAUGUUUCUAGAAUGAGAAAUGUCGCUUGUUACAUGAGCCAUAGUUCGUGUCCAAAUGUUUUUGUGCAAUUAGUGCUGUUUGAUCACUCCAAUGUUGCAUUUCCUCACCUUAUGCUGUUUGCUAUGGAAGACAUUCCUCCAAUGAGGGAGCUUAGUCUUGAUUAUGGGGCAGCUGAUGAAUGGACGGAAAAACUGGCCAUUUGUAACUAAUCAAUUUCAAGUAGUUGGUUUUGAUUUUGUGUAUAUGUCAAUGCAGAUCCUGCUACGCACAGCAUACCGAGAUGCGUUAUAAAAACGAUAAUUGGCGCUAUUUUGCAGCUCAGUUUCCUACGUGCAUCACAUCUCAUCUUCCUCGUCGUAGAUAAGGGUUUUUGAAGCAUCUCUCCUCCUUUCUGUUCUAGAGAUGCAUAAUGCUUAAUGGUUAAGAUGGGAUAUGAUACAUAAGGAGCAGAAAACCAUCUACAGGUGGCCAUUCAAGAAGCCAGUUUUUUUCUACGCCGACAAAUUUAUAUACCAAGUAUGGAUUGUCGCUACAAACUGCAUCACAUGUCGUCUUCCUCCCCAGUAAAUAAAAUGGCGUGCUGUCUGUCAGGUUUCUUAGACCCUAUACCGGUGGGAUAUACAGGUUUGUUUGGUAUGUUAGGUUCUUAGAAAUGCUUAAUGCAAAAUUUAAGAUGGGCCAUUUAAGAAGCAAGUUAUUUCUGCAUUGAUAUGUUUAUAUACCAAUUGUGAACAACAUUGCCUUUUGUUGUAGACUUUCGUAAGCGGGAUUGCUAAUCGUACUCGGGCAACUUGUAUCAAUAGGUUGUACUGAUACGUACAAAUAUAUAUUACAUUAUAUAUAUUCUGUACAGAGAUGGAACCGAUGCAUGUUCAAAUAGUUCUUGUUUUGUACGUACAUUUUACUCCAGAUUUGGAUUUGAAAGUGAGAGAAAUCUAAUGAACUUCGAUGAAAGACGCA